UUACGUCAAACAUGCGACGGAAAUGCCGGGCACGUGACUCGGUCACAACGACAACAAGAAGCUCGUGAUAGGAAUAUACUAAUUCAACGAGCAAAUAUGGGGUUAUAAUUAUGCCAGUCAUUGUAGCAAAGACUUCGUGAGAGUUGAGUUAAGUUUUGUGUUUGUUUUUUGUGCUGAAAAUGAGUAUCAACGGGAAUGCAAAUACCGAGGUGACCGACGCAACACCAUUGCUGUCAAAUCAGAGUAGGUCCAAAGGUGCCUCCUUUGCCUCGUCAGUGUUUAACCUGAUGAAUGCAAUCAUGGGCAGCGGUAUUUUGGGUCUAGCUUAUGCCAUGGCAAGCACUGGCAUAGUUGGCUUCUGUGUCUUGUUGGUACUUGUAUCCAGCCUGGCAGGGUAUUCCAUACACCUCCUCCUCAAGCUUUGUGACCAGACAGGAAUCAAUUCAUAUGAAGAUCUUGGAGGGCGAGCAUUACAAAAACCAGGAAAAGUUCUUGUUGCAGUCGCUAUCCUCAUCCAAAAUGUUGGUGCCAUGUCAUCAUAUUUGUUCAUCUUGAAGUCUGAGCUUCCUGCAGCCAUCACCAGCUUCCUGAGUCCAGACCAGUCUGGCCAGACCUGGUAUCAAGAUGGCAGACUGCUGCUGAUCCUCAUUACCCUAUGUGUAAUCCUUCCUCUCGCAAUAUUGCCAAAAAUUGGUUUCCUGGGCUACACAAGCAGCCUGGCCUUCUUCUUCAUGCUCUACUUUGCUAUUGUGGUUGUGGUCAAGAAAUGGUCAAUCCCCUGCCCUCUGCCACAAAACGUGACCACGUUUUUAGGUGUAUAUCAGGUAUCAAAUUCCUCCGACUCGGAUUGCACACCCAAACUUUUCGUCAUCUCCAGUCGGAGUGCCUACGCUAUCCCCACCAUGGCCUUCUCCUUCCUGUGCCACACUGCCGUCCUGCCAAUCUACUGCGAACUCGACCGGCCAAGUAAAGCAAGGAUGCAGAAUGUGACCAACGUCAGCAUCAGCCUCAGCUUCCUGGUUUACCUCGUUUCUGCCCUCUUUGGCUACCUCACCUUCUAUGCUCACGUGGACUCUGAGCUAUUGCUUGGCUACGAUGCCUACAUGCCACGCGACAUCUUGGUGAUGACGGUUAGGCUCGCGAUCCUCAUCGCUGUGUUGCUGACUGUACCGCUUAUUCACUUCCCGGCACGUAAGGCUACCAUCUUGCUCCUGCGAGGAAAUCGUCCCUUUUCCUGGCCGAUCCACAUCACAACAACUGUGGUCAUCCUGGGAACGGUCCUGAUGCUAGCCAUCUUUGUGCCCGAUAUCAGAAAUGUCUUUGGAGUUGUGGGAUCAACGACAUCCAGCUGCCUCUUGUUUGUUUUCCCCGGCAUCUUCUACCUUAAGAUUGGCCGCCAACCUCUACCAUCUUUUGACUCCGUUGGGGCGAUGGCUCUGGUGGUCUUCGGUUUGAUUAUGGGCAUCAUCAGCUUCUCAAUCAUCAUCUUCACGUGGAUACAAAGCUCUUAGCCCACAUUUACAUGAGACAAAGCUUAAAAGGGUAAACAGGGAGGAUGCUACCAAAGAACUUGGAUGAAAUAAAGGGACAGGUGCUAAUCAAGUGUCCCCCUGAAAAGUUGUUCUCAACACAUGUAUUUCUUGUGAAUCAAACACCAACAUCUAAGAACAAAAACAAAACGUAUACAUCCAUGUAUUCACUCUAAGGGUUAGGCACAAUGACGGUUUUUGUUUUGCAUUACCAUUAUUUUCAGAGGUGUUUUGUUUACAUUUCAACUUUCCACUAUUGCAACUCUUGCACAUUUUCAAAUCAAAAGCAUCGAAUCAAAAUGUUUGAAAAAAUCGAAUCUGUAAAGUAGUUUACUGCUUUAAAGGCAAAUUGCACGUUUUUUUUUUAUUUUAUUUUGCUCAUCGUCCUCAAUCCCUGUGUGACAAGAACACAUGACCCCUUUUCUGUGCGUUCUAGAUAACGGCCUUGUGCUAGCAGUCUUUCCACUAACAGUGCACGUAAUUGGGAUUCAUCAAUUACUCCUAUAAAGCCCUCUGGAAAAAAACUACAGAAACCUCCAGCAAUGUUUUAUAUACAUGCUGUACCCAUGUAGUAACAGGCACGUUCGUGAUACCAUAACGUGGCCGAGAGAGUCAGGGCCAACAUAACUUUGUGGCAUAAAUGUGGAGCUUGCCAAGCCUUACUGACCGAAGUGGAGUGUUUCUGCUGCACACUAUGUUACUAUCGAUGGAAAGGCUUUGUGUAUCUGGCGAGGAGGACACUGCUCCAAGAGACUGCAUCCCAACGAAGGAUUGUUAACGCUAACAAACGCUGCAGCGGUAGAAACUGCCAACACACCAGAUGUAAUGGGACACACACCUUCCAAAAAGUUCAACUUUUGUCUUGUCAGACCACAGAGUGUUUUGUCAAAGGUCUUGGGGAUCAUCAAGAUGUUUUCUGGCAAAACUGGGACGAGCCUUAAUGUUCUUUUUGUUCCGCAGUGGUUUUUGUCUUGGAACUCUGCCAUGCAGGCCGUUUUUGCCCAGUGUGCCAGUAACUGAGGCAAGGGAGGCCUGCACAAAGGACCAUGUAGGUUUGGAUUUUUUUUUCCCUUGAUAAUAAAAAGUUUCA